GAGUGGCUUAUGAUUUCGAGUUUUCUCUUCUUUCGGGAUUGCUUACGCUGGAUUUCGUGCAUCGUAUCGAUGGCAUUGCUUCAGGGUGUCAUCUUGGCUUUGGCUGUUUCGGCGACUUUUUCGUAUGCUGAUCAUGACUUGAAUGAUGGGUCACAUAACCAGUGUCCAGGGAAGUGCAUUAAGGAAAGCGAAAACUGUAACUCGGCUCUCAACGAAACUGACUGCCUUCAAGGGUUUAAAUGCUGUCUUGAUCAUCUACGAAGUGUAACUGAGGAUCCCUAUUGGGCAGCCUCCGAUAGUAAUUCUCCUGCGUAUUCCCAAGAAUCUGUAGAUUCUCAGGGUUAUGCAUAUCCAGGUGAUGUCGUUGCUAGCUCUCGUUACGGAUAUGGAUACACUGAUGAACCAGAUCAAUCUGUUGAAACGAAAGAGACCGACAGCACUCUAGAUUCAAUCUGUCCUGGAAACUGCUUGCCUAAUGAACAGGCCCAGUAUUGCGAAUACAUUAUUAUGGCCGAUGGUAUGUGCGAGCCUGGAAUAACCACGUGCUGCGUUAGUGCAACCGAUGCAGAGACUCUCCGCGACCGCGAUGAUUAUGUAGUGACAGAGGAACAAGACUCCUUUUCUCGACGUUCUCUUGGAACUCCAGCUUUAAAAGACGCCUGUCCCGGUACUUGCAUACACGAGACCCAUGCUAUGCGUUGCCAAGAAGCCUUGCCACAGUAUGCUUGCCCCCGAAACACUCUAUGCUGUGUAACAAUAGGAUCUGGAAUAUUGCCCGUUCAGUGUACGGGCCAAUGCUUAUCCUUAAACAUGCAUAGCUACUGUUUCCCGCCAGAUGAACUCAUCACGGGUCCAACGUCUUGUGCGCGAGGUACAACGUGUUGUAUGCGUAGGAUUUCAAAUGCCGCAAUGCCGCCGCCUCUUUCCAACAGAGUAAAACCUACGUCACCACCUGUUGUUCUAGGUCACCUUGCUGUUGAUGAUGCUGGUAAUAUAUUUAAAGUCUCGCCAAACGGACAAAUAUCUCCUCUUCCUCGCCUCGUACCACGGGAUCACAAUCGUCGCUUUUAUACUGAAGUAACAGCUUUCCCACGUGUUGACGGAAAACUCGUAAUUUAUUCCGAUAGUGAUGGUAAACUUUAUCAGCAGUUUUAUCAGCAUGAAACACCUGAACUGCUUAGAAACCGUGAAACCUUACAACAGCCGCCAAUGCUUAGGAAGCCUAUAAAUCAAUUUGUUUCUCAAGUUUCUGAGCAUGCAUCUAAAUUCGAAGUCUCCCCUGACAGUGCCGGUAAUGAGGAAGACUUAUCUGCAAGUGAGGAAACUGAAGAAAUCGUCAUACCUGAUGACGAUGAUGAAGUACCCGUUCCAGCAGCAAGCCCUCCUAUGUCUCCCGAAGAUCAUAAACUAGCUGCACCUCCAUGCCCUGGCUCGUGCAUGUCCUACUUCCUUCGAUUUACAUGUUUCAGAGGACAUGCUAUUUACGAUGGUUUCGUUUGUCCUGGACGUUUAGUGUGCUGUGCACGUUUGAAAGAUAUAGAAGAUCACGAAGAAUACCUGAAAUCGUUGUCUCCUUACUUUAAUGCUCCGCCGGCUUCGAGAGAUCCGAAACUCCCACGUUGUGGAAUAAAAGGAAAGCGAGACACUCCUCGAAUAAUGGGAGGAAAAGAAGCUUUAACCGGAGAGUGGUGUUGGCAGGUAGCCAUUGUUAAUGCGCAAAACCAGUAUGUCUGCGGCGGUGCUCUUAUUGAUAAUUCUUGGGUCUUGACUGCAGCUCAUUGCGUUGCUGGCCCUACUAUCGAACAUCAACCGUUGUUUGUACGAGCUGGCGUCACAGACUUGAAAAGCCCCGAAGAUAAUAGUCGAGGUCAAACUAUAAGAGUACUGUCUGCGUUUAAUCAUCAUAGCUUCAAUAUCAUGAAUUUGGAUAAUGAUAUUGCACUUCUCCGUCUUCAGAAGCCACUAGAGCUCAACGAUAAUGUAUGCGUUAUAUGUCUACCAACAAGUGGGGAAAUGCCAAAGGAAAGUACCAAAUGCACUGUGACUGGGUAUGGUUUUGUAUCCAAAGAUGGAGACAUGUCUCUCAAGAUUCGAGAAGCCAAGGUUCCUAUUAUUGACGAUUUGGAAUGCAUGACUAACGUUACGGAAGCUCUGGCUAAUCCUUUCAUUCUCCCGGCAAGCAGUUUCUGUGCAGGGGGCCAGGGUCAGCAAGAUGCAUGCCAGGGGGAUGCCGGUGGUCCGCUUGCUUGUAAAAUUGGUGGUUACCACGAGCUGGUAGGAUUGGUAUCCUGGGGACUUGGAUGUGGCAGAAGUGAUGUACCAAGUAUUUACGUAAAAGUUCCUUCUUUCAUGGGAUGGAUCAAUCAAAUAAUCAGUUCCAGUUCAUUCUUAAUGUCCCUGAACCAAGUUUAAGUCUGACUCUGAUCUUUGUAUCUGGUAUGACGUAUUAAUAAAAUGAUGUUGUAUUUAA